UCCCCUUCUCCGCAGCCCCUUUUCCCUUCUCCCCAGCGCCCACCGGCCGGCCAGCAACCCGCCACCGCCAACAUCACAGCCACCGGCCAGCGUCGGUUUCGCUCCUCCAUCGCCCACCGUCAUACCGCACAGCCACCGCCACACCGCACCUUCUAUUCGACGCCUCCGCUGCCGAGCCACAGACACAGCCGCCUAGCUUCCCGCCGCACGGCCGCCCACAGACGAAGCGCUGCACCGCCACACUGCCUUCAGCCGCACCCCGCUCCUUUGAAUCUGUUUGUGGAUGUAAGCAAGAUGUAUGCUUACCUGUCCUCUUCAUUUUGUUCUGCUCCACGUCCAAGUAAACCAUUGGAAGUUGUUAUUGCUGGUGCCGGUUUGGCUGGGUUGUCUACUGCAAAAUAUUUAGCAGAUGCGGGCCACAAACCAAUACUGCUGGAGGCACGAGAUGUGCUGGGAGGAAAGGUAGCUGCAUGGAAAGAUGAUGACGGAGACUGGUAUGAGACUGGCUUACACAUAUUCUGUUCUGAAGUUUCAGAAGCUUCUCAUCAAUCCAUUGGCAAAAGUGAUGAAGAAUGGUUACAUUGCAAAUUACCCAAAUGCAUUCAAGGAUGUCUUCGUUUAGAGACAAGUCAGAGGAGGGCCCUGAUGCUGCUGCACUUAAAGGCAAAUUGCAUGCGUUUAAUCAAGUUUGGUUGGAGGAUUUUGGAUGAUGUGUAUGUGGAAAAAUGAACAAGCUUUUCACAUUUGUUAUCUUAUAUUAAUUGCAGAGUAUUAGUCAACAAGUGGGUAAUUACAUGAGAGAUCCAAGUAAAAUGAUAAAGGGUAUGCAGCUUAGCAGAUCUGCAGUUGCGCUAUUUGGAAGUGUAAGGAGAGGGUGAUUACUAUUUUGUUGUCUGAAUCCAUCUCCAUAUUAUUACUGUUCUGUUUUUCUAUAUUAUAAGUUAGUUAAUUUUUUAAUGAAUGCUAAAUAAGUAUCAUUUUUAAGGUUUGGAUUCA